CGCAGAUUGAUAGACAUGCUGUAUGCUAGAAUGUAUUGAAAGUUUUACGCACGUGUAUAUAAUAAAGUUCGGGUUAUAUUUCUAGUUUAUGGUUGAAACUAUCCGUAGUUCAUAGACAAAACUAUCGUAAUAAACGAAUAACCAGAUAUAAUGCUGAUCGGAAGCAUGAGCCGCUAUGUGUUACCUCGGUCACACAUGCUGCUACUGAAUCGAGCGGGAGCUCUGAAAAGCCGAAAAGUGUUCUCCAGAAGUUCAACAGUCAUGUGGCCAGCGUCAAACAUUCACACGCAUCCCUAUGUUGGGGCUAAAAAGUUCACCGACACCGAGAAUGACUACGCGCGGGAGAUUCUGCUGAGCAGCAUCGUAGCAGCGCCCAAUGUGGUUGCGGCUCUUAGAGCUCCCGAGAGCACUCAGCAAUUUGAUGAAAUUAUUGACUGGGAACCGCUCUCCGAUCGGGAACUGCUGGAUCAGUUCCAUCAAGUGGUAGAGAUUUGCGCACGCGACGACGAGCUUUGCAUUUCCGAUGAGCGCUUCGACAGUUUUGUGCACUCAUUCGUUAGCAAAAUGCCACAGUUCGACGAAGAACAAUUAGUUGAGACACUGAAGCUCCUGGUGAAACUGGGACCAACUCCAAAUAUUAAUACGAGGAAUUAUUCCCAAAUAUGGGAAGCUACUGACAAGGCAUGCCUCGCGAAAGUGCCCAGUUGGAAUACAGAGAAGCUUCUCUUCAUGGCUGACCAGUGGUAUCCAUUGAGACUCGCCAAAGUAGGAAAAUUUGUUGGUAAAGCUGUUUUUAAGAUAAGUAGUAAGCUGCGGAAGCUGAACAAAGAUGAUUUGGUGCGGACGGUGUUCUAUAUAAAUUUGACGAGGGUUCCGGUGGAAAAUAUGAUUGAUAUCGAGCUCAAUCUGAAGAACAAUUUCUACCGUUUUGACAUUGACGAUCUAGCAAUUCUUUGUAUGGGAUUUUUCAAAACACAGACUCCUAUCAGGAGCGUUGAACUUAUUUCUAAAAUUUAUCAGCUCACUAUGCACAAUGCAUCAACUGUGAAAGAUAUAAGUUUAGCAGCUAUUCUGAAGCUCCUUCGAUAUUCUUCGAGAAUUCCACAUGCUCAGUGUAUGGAACAGUUUCUUACUGUAUUUACUCCGGAAGUACCCAGGAUAUCCCUCUUCUGCUGUCUUCAUUUGGCUUUACUAGGAAGCGACAUCCAUCUUGGUCAUCAGCCCUGUCUGGAAGCUGUAAUUGAGCGGUUUAUCAAAGAUAUAAAGCUGUUACGACUUAAAGAUAUGGAACGAAUUGCAUUCGCUAUUGCCCAGAACAAUAUGACACAUACCGACAACAGGGAUAUUACGUUAUUGAGUGCAAUCCUCGAUGAGAUGCCAUCUCGAAUCGACGAAAUUACAACUUACCCAAAAAGUUACCUAACCCUGUUGCACUUCCUCACGUUGAAAGACGUCUACCGCGAGGAGCUGAUUACGGCCGCAUUCGAGCCUCGCUUCCUCCACAUGACCUACGGCCGCAACGUUGCCAGCGCGGGUCGUGAGGUCAUCUCAUUGGAUGGAUAUCUGCGGAUCAAUUUGCGCGAUGGCGGCAAAUACAGUGGAAAUUACUUCCCAGAGAAACAGUUCAAAAUCAUCGCAAAAAUGACACAGGACUAUAUUCCCAGCAGGGAAUACCGGUUGUCCAAGUCGGACCGGAUGUUGCUGGAAAUCCUGGAGACACUACAGAAGCGACACAAAUUCGCGCACAUCACUCAUCUACUGCCGCACUAUCAACGGCCGGAUGUUGCGCUGCUGUGGGAUUCCAACCAGAGGCAGCUUCUGGAUGUGGCAUCCCGAUGUCCGAAGCAGUACUCGGGGAAUAUUUUGAGCCGGCAGUUCCUGCUGAAAGACGACUCGGACAGGCAGGAGCUCAAGUUGAUCUCCAUCGUCGCUGGGUCGUGGAAUUGCUACAUUCGAGGACAGGAUCGAGUGACGGGGGGUUUUGCAAUGAAACUGAAACAGCUACGGUUGAUCGGUUUCGAGCCGGUAGUGAUACCGUGGUAUGAGUGGCCAAUCAAUUCAGAGGAAGCCAUGGACACUUAUCUUUUUGAAAAGCUCAAUCCGUUAUUGGAACAGCAAUAGAUAUAGUAAUAGUAUUAUUGUCGUGGAAUAUAAAUUCGAUCCGGGAAAUUACUGUAUAUAGAUAAUCAUUUCCAGGUUAUAACUAGAGGCGAAUGAACUGCAAAGUUUAAAGCCUCUCAAAAACAAGGAAUGGAAGGUUAUAACAUUGAACAAAUCGAUGAUCAGAAAAAAUAUAAGUUAUUAUUUUGAAAGUAAUCCGUUGGCAUUAGAGUGUCUAUUGCUGGUAGUUUCAUGGGGUCCAAGCAAUUAGUGGUACAGGCAAAGCUUUUUUUGUGCGACCCUUUUUACGAGAUUUUAUUAUUAACUCAGAGUUAUAGGGCACUAUUAUGUGAAUCGAAUCGAGAAGUCUAUACAAUCCUUAUCACUAUCACACCGAGCAAAAUUUCGCAUUUUGUAAAUCGAGAUGAUUUUACCGAGUCGACAUCUUGCUCGAACUUCAUGUGUUGUGAGUUGCAUAUAUUUAAGCGUUUAUGAAAUGUUUCCCAUUGCCCUCAGGGAUACAAACUAAAACAAAAUAAUUCUCUGAAGUUAUUUUCUACUUCUUGAAUGGCGUUCACGUUCCCUGUGGAACUUUUGCCGUCUCAACGUAUGCAUUAACUAGUGUCAUUUAGUAAUACUUAGUUGAGAUUUCUUUAGCCAAAUAACACGCCUUGAAUGUAUUCCGAGGGGCAAACUCUAGAAUACGCGUCACUGUGGUCACAAGUCGAAGGAAAUUUCAUUGACGAAAAAUCCCCCGACCAGAACGGGAAUCGAACCCGAACACCCGGCAUGAUAAUGUGAGACGCUAACCACUCGGCCACAGGUGCUGAAGUUAUGCAACAAGCAAAUCAAACAACUCGAGAAAGUCUGACAGUUGCACCGAUAGCCUUCACUCUGUCGAUGCUGUCAACUUUGUUUGAUAUCUAUGGGCACCAAGGCGCCUAGAAGUAUAUACUAAGGUGGGCCAACUUGCUAAAACCACUCUUCAGCCAUCUUGGAAGUCUACUGUUUACUUUUUGUUUGUAAACAAAACACAAUACGCUAUUGCCGCAGCUCGCUCCUGAUCAGUCUGUCUCUUUCACGCUACAAGCAAAUAAUUCCCCUUCUACUUUCUUCCGUGCUGUUUUCAUAUACCGCUCCCCUAACCAACUUAGUGACGAAACAGCCUCACCUAGUACCAUAGACCCGUCUUGAUGGGCACCUUACACGAUCAAAAUUAUUGUGUCUUCAAUAUCGUGACAGAAUGGCUUUUGACAUUUGAUCUAACCUCAAUCAAUAUUUUGCCACCUUACACGGUCAAUAUCGCCAUCAACCUGGGAGUACGAAAGUAUCCGCGAUAGAGAUGGGCAAAACCUAGGUAGUGCGGACUGAAUCAAAACGGCUGUCAAAAAAGAUCCAAUGAUCAGGAGUGUUAUUUUUCUUAUGAUAAUAUUGUUAUCAAAAGCAAAAAUAAUUAAACUCAUAAAAUGAACGAACUACAUUUUUCCGUCAAUUUUUUAAUUGACCAUUGCAUCUCCGACAGCCACUACACCAGAACGAAAUCGGUCAAACCAACGCUGUGCUGUGCGAAUCGCCAUAGUAUCGGGUCCAUAAAGUACACGAUUUUUUUCGGCCGCCUUCGUUGCAGUUUUACCUCGCAGGUAGUAAAAAUUUAAAAUAUGGCGAAUUUCUUGCUUGAUGGACUCCAUCUUUGACGCGCUAGAACUUGAGACUGAAAAGGAUAAUCACAACACUGUCAAAACGACACUUGUAGGACAGAUUGUCGUCUUUAAAUCAGGGGUUAGACAUCAAUUGAAUAUAGGCUACCCAAAAUCAAAAUCAAUAUGGCGUCAUUUGUUUACUAACAUAUCAUUUACGAGGAUUGAAAUCACGGAGAUAGUAUGCUUUAUUUUUAACUGCAUGAGCGAUUUUCAUAUUUCGGUUUCACAUGGAGGUGUUCAAAUUUAACAUGGAAUUUAAAGUUAGCCACUAUUCGACUAUAUAACCGGACCGAGUUGUAAACAAUAGUAAUUGAUAGAACCAAAAUGUCAGUAAACCGCAGCAAUAUUGGGUACACUGGCAAUACGAGGGAUUUGACGUUUUAGUCAUACCCGUGCUUUAAAUAGCCGUAUAGUAUGACCCGAUUCGAGAAGUACAACACAAGAUAUGUUUAAGUGUUGCCAUAUAUUGACAAUAUACAUUUCUUUUCCCCCAACCCAAUAUUUGGUAGUUUGAAGCUUGAUAUAAUGAUUUAAAAUUAUUAAUUGAGAGAAAACAGGUGUGGCUUAGUGUACAAUUUGACUUUUUUUUAUUUAGACCGUAUUGAUUUGGAAAUAUAAGGCGAUUUGCUUAGGGUGUUACUUAGGAUUGUUACAGUAGUUCAGUAUAUGCAUAUUAGAGUGGCAAUGGAUGUAUGGAAAAAAAAUCAUCAUCGAAUCUAAAGAACCGACCAUGUACAUUUUGUUUAUUGGCCUGUGCAAAAUUUCAGCUCAAUCGGACACUAUUAUGUGUAUUUAUACACUCUUACCUUGAUUCAUCGAAAUUGUGAAAAUACCUUAAUCACAACCUUAAACCCAUACGUUUUAACGUGUCCGGAUUUGCAUAAAUUAUUGAAAGCCUUCUGGAACUCCAAAUGUUAUAUAUCAAUCAAUGAGGACACGCAUUACAUUGAUACUGAAUCAGGUGCAAUGCUUGUGGUCCACUGUCAUCCGUUUUUGGAAUCUCUGGAGUACCUUUAAUGAUGUAACGUUUGGAAGAUAAACUUUAUUGGCCUAAUAAGUUAAGACCCCAGUUAAAUUAUUUAUAUAAUUCUCGUCUAGUGUCAGAGUGUUUUUUUCUAUUGCAACGGCUUUCAAUUACAAAGUUCAUUCACCUCUAGCUUUGGAAUGGACCAAUCGAAAGACGGUCAAUUGAAGGUCUAAGGGUGGGUUUAGACUAGUGAUAUAUUCAUGUGAAGAAAUAUGAUUAGAUUGAUAGAUGGAUACAACUUUAGUGAUUUCUCACCAGUGAGGAAUUCACAAGCGUUUACAUAUGCUGAAUUUAUUCAAGUUAUAUAUACCUCGAAUAAGUGUAUCAUAUUUAUUCUCACCCGUUUACACCUAUUUUCACGUGAAUAAAUCCAUCUAUAGCUAUAGAUCUCCCUAAUUAGCGAAUGAUCGAUCAUUUG